AUCUGUUUACCAUAUAAAUGUGUGUGUGAAAAUAAAAUAACACGCGGAAUUCUUGGUAAAAAUUUGUUUGCUUUUUCGGCUAUGAAUUCUAAAUAUUAAACAAUUGUAAUUAGUUAACACAGCAUAAACAUGGGCAAAGGCAUACCAGAUCGCUGGCUUAAUUAUCAGCCAAUCGGCAAACGCAUUUCCGGCACUCGAUUUAUUGCAUUCAAAGUGCCGCUGCGUGAGAAUAUCAAUAAGAACGUCGACGAACAGCUACGUCUGGCGCCGUACUCUUUGCUGGAGACGGUGCCAAAUUUGGGCCUCAUCGUUGAUCUGACCAACACAGAUCGCUACUACGAUCCAAGGGCUUUUGAGGAUGAGAAUGUGAGGCAUCAGAAGCUGUGCAUACCCGGACAUCACACGCCGCCCAAGGAGCUGGCAGAAAGAUUUUGCGAGUAUGUGAACAACUUUCUGGAGGCAAAUGCGGAUAAUGACAAGCUAAUUGGCGUGCAUUGCACACACGGCGUGAAUCGUACCGGUUACCUAAUCUGCUACUAUAUGAUCCUCAACAUGAACAUGUCGCCAGCCCUGGCCAUAAAGACUUUCGCAGAGGCGCGUGGACACCAAAUUGAGCGUGAGAACUACACCGACUCCCUGCAGCAGCUACAGAAGUCUAAUCGAAGAGAUCAUCACUCCGACUACCAGCACACAAAUGAUGAUAAUGACGAGAUCAGCAGUCACAAUCAUAGGCAAUCCGAAUACCAGAGAACACCGGCUGAGCGGAGAGAGUAUUAUCAACGCAGCAGAAGACAGAGUCAACACAGUAGUUGGCGGCAGCCAAGUUAUCAAUCUCGCAAUUCCAAUCAAAACUAUGACUGGCGGCAGCAGCAGCGAGGACAGCAGAAUGAGCGAAGAGGAGGAUUCAAUGAUUAUGCUUCUCGCUAUCAGGAGCAACAGACAAGGCUAUCCUGGCGAUAUGAAAGCAAAGAGCAGCACAGCUACAGCAGCAGAGGCGUCAGCGAUUACAGCAAGGACUACAGCAAGGACUACAGCAAGGACUACAGCAAGGACUACAGCAGGGACUAUAACAGGGACUUCAGCAGGGAAUACAACAGGGACUACAGCAGGGACUACAGCAGGGAUAACAAUUACAGCAGCAGGAAUUACAACAAUUACGGCCGGGAUAACAACAGUUACAGCAGGGAUAAUAGCAACUACAACAACAGAGAUAAAAGCCGUGGCAGAAACAGAUACUAUUGGUCAUCAAAUGGUGACCAGGCUUAGGGCUAAACUCAACCUUAACUGGUUCACAAUAAGUUCAAUUUAAUUUCUGUAAAUUUAUAUUGCCAAAGUUGAUGUGUCGCAAUAAAUUCUCGUCGUCGUCUGUUGGA